AUGGGGUGUGCUACGUCUGCUUGUGCUGGUGUAGAAAGGAAGAACAAGAGGAGUAUCAUUCAAGAAUCAGUAGUUUUUGUUCUACAGCUCCGUGUUCCUGUUCGGUCUGAUCUGCAGCGCCAACUCAAAGGCGUUGCUUCCAAGACCACCAUCGAUCGAUUGGCAUGUCUAAGGAAUGAGAUUCAGUUGGUAGCUGAGGACACAGGUGGUUCUGCCAUCUCUGAGAUACGUGUAGCUUUGGAGGAGUACCUGUCUCUUCUCACUGGUCUUAUCAAGAAAAAGAAGGAUGGUAUGGAGGGAUGUGUAGAGUUCAAGUGGAAAACCCUUGGAGAUGGUCGAAGAGAAGAGUUAUGUUUCACAAACCUUUGGAUGGAGAUACUGACAGUGAUCCACAUGAUGGCUGCGUUGGCAUUGGCUGAAGCUAACUCUCUCAUGAUUCCAAAGAAUCGUUCUGGUCCAGGCAAUGGCGUCCGUGUGGUCUCCAGUGGUUGCAAGAGAGAUGCGGUUGACUUGCUGCUCAAGGCGUCUGGAUACUUAGAGUUCUGCACCCGUGAGAUUCUGAGUCGCUUUCCUCCUGAUGUAAAGAAAAAGUUGCCAGAUGACAUGAAGGAAAGUGUUUUGAAAACUCUUUCUAUCCAAGCACUUGGCCAGGGAACUGAGAUUCAACUUGGAUUGGCAGUUAAUAGCAAGAAGGCUACACUGUCUGUGAAGAGGAGACUUGCCUGUGAGCAAGUCAUCUAUUUCUCUCAGGCAUAUCAAUGCUUGUCUGGUUGUGAUGUAGUCAGCCAUGGGUGCGCCAAAAAGCUUCUCCUCUUCAUCUUUUGGAAGUUUCUGGAAGCAAAGGCUGCGGCAUACUACUACCAUGGACUGGUAACAGACAAGGGAAGUGAGCCAUCUUGCCACGCGAGCGCAGUGUGUUGUUUCCUCGCAGCUUCAGAAAUCCUAGGAGAAAGCAAGAAGGCCUGUCUUAGCUUCUGUUUGUCUCCUCCUAUAACCAGGGCUCCUCCUAUGUGGGGGGUUAUGAAGCAUCUGAGCCAGAAGAUUCCAGAAAUGGCUUUUAAAACAUCUCAAUUGUAUGGAUACUUGCUUAAAGAAGAGGAAAAGGUAAUGCAGUCUUUGCCAGAGCUACCAGACUUUGAGUUGUCACUGAUACCAGAGGAAUUUGAACUGCCUGAAUUGGAAGUCGGAAAACCAGACCUAUUGGCUUAGUGAAAACUAGUAUGAUAUGAGAAUCAUGAUGAUGAUGUUAAUCAUUGGAUAUUUCACCACUUAUUAUUGUAAUGUAGCAUUGUUAUUCUAGAGUUACUUCCCUUACACCGAGUGGCUUGUCAGACAUGAAAUCUGAUACGUACACAAUAUGUAAUAUCUAUCUGAGUGAUUACAUUUUUUUG